AUGUAACGUAUAUUGACAUGAACUAUUCUCGACAACGGCUUUACAGGGCAAGCAUUUCAUUAUUUGUGAGUAGGACUUUAUUAAAAGAUAUUUUACAAAUCGAAUACAAAACAAAUUUAAUUAAUUACCGACUUAAAUUAUUAAAUAAACAAUCAACAACUAGUGAUAAGUAUACACAAACCGAAGCGAACCAUUUCAAUGCCUGUGAGGUUAAAGAAUAUUCUCGUAUUAAUAUGGACGCCAAUCAGAAUAACAAUUAUACUACUACAAACAAUAAUUUUCGCACCUAAUCAUAUUAACAUAUUACAUCAAAAUAUAAAUGGCUUAUUGGGAAAGUCAGAUUGUCUAUCUGUAGAGUUACAUAAUUUAGAGAACAAAAAUGAAGCAAUUGACGUAAUUUGUAUAACUGAACACAAUAUGAUGAAAAGUGAUACAAGCCUAUUAAAAAUACCCAAUUAUACAUUAGUCACUCACUAUUCUAGAGGUAACAGACAUGGCGGAUCGUGUAUCUUGGUACGUAAGAAUCACAGAUACAAGGUUAUGAAUGAAAUAGAGAGCUUAAGUAUCAGUAAUAUUAUCGAAUGUACAGGGAUGGAAUUGACAGAUUAUAAUAUUUUAAUUAUAUGCAUUUACAGACCUCCAAAAGUGACCCAGGAAUCUUAUGAAACUUUCUUUGAAACUUUAAACAAUUUAUUAAGCAUGUAUUGCUUCAAAAAAAGAAAGAUAGUGUUAUGUGGAGACUUUAAUAUUGACAUGUUGAAAGCCGAUAAAUAUUCUUUCGAAUUUAAACAGUUAUUACAAGGAUUCAACUUAAAGUUAGCAAUCAACGAUCCAACGCGUCUAUGUAGUGGUACAUGUAUUGAUAAUUUUGGACAUAAUAUGAAAGACUGUAAAACUCGAAUACUUGAAUUGGCUCUCUCAGACCACACAGCGCAAUUAUUGAUGUGUCCGGUCUCAGAGAAGUUUGGUAACCCAUAUUGGUUUAUAAUGAAGCGUGAUUAUAGUAAAGAAAAUAUAGAAAAAUUUAAGCAUUGUCUAAUGGCCAUCCAUUUCAAAGACGUAUAUAAUACUAACAAUCCAAAUACUGCAUUUAAUAGUUUUUUUGAUGAAUUUAAGUUAUUUUAUGACAUGUGUUUCCCAUUGAUGAGAAUCAGAAUGCGUUCUUAUCAACGACCUAAAUGGAUUACAAAGGGUAUUAUAAAAUGCUCUAGACAGAAAAGAAAACUGCUUUGGAAAUACAGAAAAGAUCCAAAUCUUCUCAAUAAAAAGUGCUUCAAAACCUAUUCAAGUAGACUAAAAAAUAUAAUGAAAUUAACAAAAAAAGCACAAAACAAUUACUUUAUUAAGACAUCUAAAAACAAAACGAAGGCCACCUGGACAAUAAUUAAUGAAUAUAAAAAUAAAACUAAGAAUUAUAUAACACAAAUUAACAACGAUCACAAAAAAAUAACUGAUCCUAAUAGAAUAGCGGAAUUAUUUAAUAAUUUUUUUAUUGAGCAAGUUAAACCGCAUGAUAAUUUCAAAGCAAGAAAUAUGACAUCGAAUAAUAUGAUAGUACCGUAAUAUGUAGUGAUGAGAAUUCGAAUGAACUUGAAAUAAAUAUUAACAAUACAAUAAAAAUAUUAAUAGACUGGCUAAAGGAAAAUAAUUUAAAGAUAAACUUAGAUAAAACACAUUUUAUGAAUUUUAGUAAUCGUCAAAAUAAUUUGACAUCUUUUAAUAUCGAUUUUAAUGGAAAAAAAAUAAAUGAAGUGAAAAUUACGAAAUUUUUGGGAUUAACGAUUGAUAAUAACCUGACAUGGAAACAUCAUAUAGAAAAUAUUAAUAGCAAAAUAAACCAAUUUUCAUACGCAUUACGCAUGUUGUCUAAGAUUGUUAAUCAGACAGCGGUAUUGACUGCAUAUCAUGCAUAUGUUGAAUCCUUACUAAGGUAUGGUGUCAUAUUUUGGGGCAAUUCGACAUAUAGAGAUAUAGUCUUCAAGACUCAGAAAAGGUGUAUUAGAUCUAUGUGCAAUUUGAAAAGAACUGAUACAUGUACGACUUCAUUCAAAAGACUGAAUAUCCUGACUUUUCCAAGCCUUUAUAUUCUUGAAACAAUGUUGUUUGUGAAAAAGAAUAAACUUUUAUUUGAAAAGUUAAAAAGUGACCGUAAUACCGAUAAAAUUCGCGUUCAGCCUCACGUCACAGCAUUAUUUGAUAAAAGUUUUUUCGGUAUGGUCUCUAAAAUAUAUAAUAAAUUCCCGAAAGCAUUUAAGGAAAUAAACAGUUUAAAUGUAUUUAAGAAAAAAGCAAAAGAAUAUUUGACAGCCAAAUGUUACUAUACGUUGCAUGACUACUACAGUGAUAAAUAUUAGACAUGCAAUUUAAUUAUUUUUAUUGACAUUUUUUACAUUUUAUUAUUAUUAUUGACAU